AUGGGAAACGAGGAGAGUUACCCCCCGGAGAUAUGCUCUCACUUCGACAAUGAAGAGAUUAAACGGCUGGGCCGGAGCUUCCGGAAGCUGGACUUGGACAAGUCGGGCACCCUGAGCGUGGACGAGUUCCUGGCCCUGCCCGAGCUGCAGCAAAACCCGCUGCUGGGGCGAGUGAUCGACAUCUUCGACACGGACGGCAACGGCGAGGUGGACUUCAAGGAGUUCAUCAUGGGCGCGUCCCAUUUCAGCGUCCGCGGAGACGAGGAGCAGAAGUUGAAGUUCGCGUUCAUGAUCUACGACAUCGACAAAGACGGCUACAUCUCCAACGGCGAGCUCUUCCAGGUGUUGAAGAUGAUGGUGGGCGACAACCUGCGCGAGCCGCAGCUGCAGCAGCUGGUGGACAAAACCAUCCUCCUCCUGGACAGGGACGGCGACGGGAAAAUAUCCUUCGAUGAGUUCUCGGCGGUAGUCAGACAGCUGGAGAUCCACAAGAAGUUGGUGCUGAUCUUGUGACCGGUCCCUUCUGUGGCCUCGCUUCUCCUGCGAGACCCCGUCCCCCCGCUGCCGCUGCCGCCGC